GCCUUCUUCAUAACCCAAAUAUAAAACCAGAAGUCCUAUUCUUCUUUUGAUGCAAAAAUUCAGAUUCAGAGAGAUGGGUUCUGUGGAUAGAUCAAAGAAGAGAGUUCAAUUAUGGAAAAAAGCUGCUUUCCAUUUCAUUUUAUGUUUUAUUAUGGGUUUCUUCACUGGUUUCACCCCUACCAGUAGAACUUCAAUCUUCUCUGGUUUCGUUAUAGCAUCGAAUCAAUCAAUGAAGUAUCAAGAAAUUUCACCUGAGAUGCAACCUUCAACUUCUUCUCAAGAGGUGACCUUGAAUAGGAGUUUAAUGGCUGAAACUCCUAUUGCAGUUCCAACUAAUUUAAGGGAUUCAUCUCCAGUGGAAAUUGCUGCAGAGGAAAUUGAAUUGAUUCCUAGAAAGGUUUUGGUUAUAGUUACUCCAACAAGAUCAAAUGAUCGGCUUCAAGGUGCUUUACUGAGAAGAAUGAGUACUACUUUAAAAUUAGUUCCUCCACCACUUCUUUGGAUUGUUGUGGAGUCUCAAUCAGAUUCUUCAGAAGUUUCAGAGAUAUUGAGAAAAACAGGGGUCAUGUAUAGACAUUUGGUUUCCAGGCAAACUUUUACAGACCCAGAAGCUGAAAUGGAUCAUCAGAGGAAUUUUGCAUUGAAUCAUAUAGAACAGCAUCGACUCGGAGGAAUCGUUCAUUUCGCGGGUCUUUCCAACUUCUAUGAUCUUGAUUUCUUUGAAGAAAUCAGAGAAAUUGAGGUUUUUGGGGCAUGGCCUAUUGCUUUGGUAUCAGCAAACAGGCAGAGAGUGGUGAUUGAAGGACCUGUUUGUGAUUCUUCACAAGUUAUUGGAUGGAAUGCAAGAGGAACUAAUGACAAGGCAAAUCCUGUGGCCCCAAUUCAUAUUUCAAGUUUUGCUUUCAACAGUUCCAUUUUAUGGGAUCCUGAGAGAUGGGGCCGUCCAUCUAUUCAAGACAGCUCACAGAAUCCCAUGAAAUUUGUACAACAAGUGGUUCUUGAAGAUGAGAGCAAGUUAAAGGGGAUCCCCGAAGGGGAUUGUUCUAAAAUAAUGCUUUGGAAUAUUAACAUACCAAGACAGAUUAUAUCUCAUCUCCCAAAUCCAUCGUCUCCAUCAAAUGGCAGACGCAGAUAGCAAGGGAAAGCUGACGGAAAAAGUAAAAUUAAUUUGGUGUUUUAA